UCUUUUUUAGAAAGUUUGCCGUCGUGUAACGGAUAUAAAUCUGAAAAUUUGCCAGUCUGUAAUUUUGUCGAGGAACAGAAAAUUUGAAUUUCCGCAACCCUUUUUGAAGCCUCGUGGAGCCUGCAUUUCUGUUGUUGGAUUGCCGUCAUGUAACGAAAAAUUCGAAAAUUCGCGAAGCCUGCGUUUUCUGCAAGUAACGCGAAUUUCGAAAUAUUUUGUAGUCGGAGCUCAUAUCUCAGUUUUUACCCGGCGGGCUUUGAUUUGGAUUUCUCUGUUUUUCACUUUAAUUUGCUUGUUCAGAUUCUGUUAUGGUUUUCCAUAUUUUUUUCCUGGUUAUUUGGUUGUUUUAGUUAUUUUUCUUGCCACUGUUGCGGCAUGGUGUUGUGGAUCGAAAGCCCGCAUAUCGGAUUCAUUCUGGUUUGUGUUAGUUUGGCGCGGAAGACGGAAGCGAUUUAAAAACAUUGCGAUCUUCUGUUUUCUUUGGAAAAGAUUUGGCGUAGAAAGCAGAAAAUGGGGUGCUUUCUUGGAUGUUUUCGUUUUAAAGACAAGGAGCGCCGGCGAGGAGUUCAAGCGACCUCACAGUCUGCGAAGGAAGUCACAACCUCUAGCAGUCACACUCAAUCCAGGCAUUUCAAUGUUUCUUCCCAAGAUGCCGGAGGAUCACCCUUCCUUGAAGACUGCUCAGAACCAAGGAAAGCAGAGAACCUAAGCAGAAAGAAUAGUAGUAACAAGUGGAAUCAGCAAUUGGUUAAAUCAUCUGAAGUUUCUACUGCCCAGGAACCUAAAGUUUCUUCAAAUGGUCCGAGUCCUGAGUUAAUCACACCAGCCGUGCGUCCUGGUGCUUUGGCCAAGUUGAUGGAUCUUUCGGAAGAAGAGGAAAACAUGAAACUCAAUGAGGAGGUGAACUAUCUUAAAUCUUGUGGAACACUUCUGAGAACUCCAUCUGAGAUCUGCAAAGCAAGGGAAAGAUCACCUUCGAAAGAAGUGAAGAUUGGGGACUCUGAUUGGCAUUCAUGGUUUCCUUCUGCUCCCACUUCCGAGCUUAACUGGAAUUGCCUACCUGAAAAUUCUCCACAACAGAUCUCAGCAAGGUUUACACAUGAAAAUCAAUAUAAAGAUGACGAAAAAAACAUAAAGCAACAGACAGAGUAUUCUGGAUGCCAAAAACAUAUAAGUUUCGCUUCUGCUGGUGAGGAUGAAGAGUAUCCCGUUAAAACAAGUCCUGCAUCAUCAAAAUUGCUCGAUCCUAGUUUUUACAAGUCUUCUAGAUAUGAUCAUUGCCCAACUAUUGAAGAGGAUAAUGAAUCCUCCGAUGCAGGGUCAACUACAUUCCAUGAUUCGGUAACGAAGAACAAACCUAGCCUCAAGCAAUGUGAUUCCCCUGAUGGAUUUGAUCCUAAGACCCCUCCUCUAUUCAAGUCUCAUUAUUCACCAAAGCCUACACCUCUAAUUCUUACGGAGGACAUGCAGACUCCAUGGACAAGGACGAUGGGGAAUGCAGGGGUGAACAAGAAUGCUAGAAUUCGUGCACAAUAUGUACAUCCAGUUUUAAAUCCCGUGGAAAAUAUAUCCCAGUGGAAGGAACUGAAAAAAGGCAAUUUGAAGGAUUAUGAGCAAAAGAGUAUGUCUUGGCUGGAGAGAUCAGAUAUGCCAGAGAACCAGUCUGUUUGUUUUCAAAUCCCAGGUUCAAAGGAGACUGGCAUAGACACUGGAAUUCCCAAAAAUCCUAACAGCCAUUCGAUCUCUAGAGCAGAUUCUGUGUCAAAAGAAAAUUUCCCAAGAGAGGAAGAGAUGAAAGUCAAGCUGGAUGGUGCCGAUAUAGCUGACGAGUCCCUUCACAAGAGAAAACUAAUAAACACUAGCCUGGAGAUCUAUAAAACACCUAAACUAGCCGGAGAGUCUCGUCAGCUCCCAGAGGGGACACCGUCACCAGAAAUGCAAGUGGACUCUAGUCUUGCCCAUUGGCUUAAAACCCCACCGGUCGAACAUGAUAAAAUUUCAUCCUCGCGUACAAAUAUCGAUGACAAGCCUAUAUUAGGAGCCAUGCCAGUGAAGAACUCGCAAUCCAUAUCACCAGCAAAGUCACCAUCAAGUAAAAGUAGCGGAGAUUAUGACAGACCUAUUCUGGGUUUGGUUGCUGCGCACUGGAAGGAUGAAGAAUGUGCGCAUAUCAAGUGGUGGGACGGAAAGGGUAUACCAAACUCCACGAACAAGUAUAAGGAGGAUCAGAAGGUGAGCUGGCAUUCCACGCCUUUUGAAGAAAGGUUGGAGAAGGCAUUGUCUAGCGAAGGAGUUGGUGGAAGGGAACUUUUUGCCGCAAAGCCCACAAUGUCUGAGGAAACGGUGCAAAGUGGCAGUAUAACUUCAUGAACAGACUAAGGUGUUCUUUCAGUAUCCCCUGUACACACACAGCUUAUAUUUUUUGCACGUUUUGAGAUUGUGUCAAUAAAAUCUCUAAGGCCUCUUUUGAAAUGUGGGAUUUCAAAGAGUGUUUUUUUCAAGGUUUAACCACAUCAGUUCGGGAAAGGGGCACUAUAUUGCUUUCUGCCGGCAGUUCCAUAGCCAUAUAUAGAGAAGAUUUAUUCUCUCAUAUGCUGAGGAGUAUCGUUACUCAUGUACUUGUUCUGUAAUAGUGAGCAGGGAUGUUCUUAUGUUGAUAAGUGUUGAUGUCAAGCAUAAAUUGACAUUAUUUGUCAAGCAAAAGAAGAAGUGAGAUUGUAUGCUUCAUGUUGCAAAUAAUAUGCAGUCUAAUUUGUUAUCUAUCACCGCUUUGACUGGUACAGAAUAUAGUUUUUGUAAAAUUCAAGAGUUUUAAAUGCA